CACAUUUUAAUGUAACGUUUUGAUCCGCGCAGGGCUGUUUAUUUGUCUCAGACAGGAAAAUGUCGCCCAGUAAAAAGGCUCUUGCUUCGGUCAGGUGCAGGGCUGCUGUGAAUUAGCCUGCUAAGCACACCCAGGAUAACAGAAAUCUAGUGCAACAGAUGUAGUAGGCAUGGAGUAAAUGCAACAACCGUGGUUUGUUCUGUGUCAGCCUCUUGCCGUGCUGCUCUUUCAUAGGCCAUUCCCCCAUUCCUAUCUUUACUGUGCUUCUGAUUUAGAUUGAUUUUGUAAGCUCCUCAGGGCAGCACUCCUGUAUUUAUCUACCUAUACUCAGCUCUUACAUCACAUGUUUCACUGAAAGCUCUCAAAGCACUUUACAAACAUACAUAAGUGCAAUUACAUAUGAGGAAACUGAGGCACAGAGAGUUUAAGACUAAGAUUACAUGGUGGGUCAGUGGCAAAACCAGGACUGAGCUCAUCGCUCCUGACUCCUAGACCAAUGCCCAAUCUGUUCAGCCACUCUACCUAUUCCACGCAUUUUAAUAAACAAGUUUGCACUCUUGAUGUCCCUCAAACCCCAGUCCCUUCUCCACUCACAUUGGACAAUUGCGAAUUCAUUGUUUCACAAUGUUUGUAAAUCACAGACUCUGGAGAUUAAAAAGACCAGUUAGACCAUCUAGUCCUUCUCCCUGCCAACACAGGAUUGUGCCCAUUUGUGCAUUUAUUACUAUUUGGUCCAGGGAGACUUUAAGUGUGUCAAGCAAUAGGGCUUCCAUGGCUUCUCUCAGGAGCUCUCACUGAGGACAUAAAGAGCUAUGUUAAAUUGUUCUGCAGCAUCGAUCCAAAGCAUUACAGCUUAUAAUAACACUUUACUGUUAGAUUGCAUUUUCUAGCUCUUAAAGGCUCGGAUCCACAAAGUAGGUAUCUAAGCUGUAGGGAUGUAAAAUGUUAGCAUUAGUCUUACCUGUUAACCUGCCUUAACCAUUAACCCUUGGAUGGGCCAGAUCGGCCUUUAAUCGGUUAACCGUUUAAACAAAAUAUUUUUAAUCAUUUAAGCAGUUAACUUUUAAACGGUAUUUACAUCCCUAUUAAGCUGUCCGAUUCCAGGUGGUGAAUGUUCCUGUUUGGGGAUUGCUAAACUGACAUAAGUGCCUUAAAGCAGCUUGGCUGUAGGUGCCUAUCUCUGAGAACGGGGCAGGGCUUAACAUAACAUAUGCCUGUGGUCCGCAUCUCCCAUUCCCUACUUUAGGUAGGGAGCAGCAGUGCUGUCUUUUGUGGAUGGCAUUCUUAGCCACUUAUCUCUCGCCAUACAUUGUACAGAGAGCUAACUGAGGAUCAUGGUGUGUUCCUGUCAUUUUCUAGGUGCUGUGACACUCAGCAUUGCAACACCUAAGUCCGUUUGUGGAUCCGACCCAAAGUGCUUUACAAAAAGGGAGUAGCACCAUUAUCUCAAUUUUUAGAUGGAGAAACUGAGCAGGCAGAGUGCCUUGCUGCAGUGAUUAGGACUGGGAAACAGAUCUGAUUCCCAGACUUGUGUCAAGCCCAGUUCUAGUUGCUAUCCGUGCUCUUGCUGUGAUUUGCACCAUUACUGCAGAAUUCAGCCGUGGGAAAUGUCAGGUGUGUGGCCUCGGGGCAGGACUGGCACCAUGCCGGGUGUGCUGAGCAUGCGGAGCAAUCACAUCGGCUUCCAGGGUAGCGUAAAAACCUCUGCCAGUGACUUUAUCGUCACAGAAAUUGAUACCCUUGGGCGGCUGCUUAGCGAGAGCACAGCCAAGACUCUUCGUGCACUCGGUGACACGCCUGCAGCCCCAGAAAGCUGCUGCCCACAGAGACCCUGCAGGUCCUGUCCAGAGCCUCCGGAGCUGCACAGAGAAGAGGUGCUAGGUCCAUUCAACAGCCCCAGUCAUGCUCCAGAAGAGGGCCUGUCGCCAGCCAAAGGCAGCACAGAGCACAUGGCUGGAACUGCACCCGAAGGUGGGCACCAUGAAGCAGGUACAUUGGACUCCUUGUUAGACGAGUCUGUGAAUGAACUAUUGAAUCAGUUUGCUUGUAACAUAAAAGAUGGGUGGGACUCAGAACAUGAUCCAGCCGCUCAUCCCACCGAGUUCUCACUGGGGCCUGUCCUUGACAAGAGGAAUCGAGCUGAUUUACACAGCGCCAUUAGACAGAAAUUUCCUUUCUUAAUGACUGUUACAAAGAGUAAUGAAAUUAUUGUCAAAGGAAACACUGAUUACAAACAGCUCUGUCAACUAGUGUCUGAGGAGGAAGCAUUUGAUUUUUUAAAAUUUUUAGAUGCAAAACUGGAAAACUCUAAAUUUUCUUUUAAGCCUGAUGGGAAUAAGGAGCACAGAAAGGCAGUCCACCAUUUUGUCAGUCAGAAGUUUGGAAAACUUGUAGAAACAAAGUCUUUUUCUGUGACAGACUUAAAUGGUCAGCAAAAUGUAGCAAUAAUAGUAAGGUUUCGGGAGAAGAGUUUGUCCAGGAAAAGGCCAGCUGCGGAUUGCCAGGAAAAACAAGAUAUUUAUACAGGUUUUACGCUUCAAAAAGAAAAUCUGGAAACACUAGAAGCAAUUAGCUAUUUGUCUUCUGAACUUGGUGUGCUUCCUUCAGACUUCAGUUACACAGGCAUCAAAGACAAAAAGGCCAUCACCUACCAAGCUAUGGUUGUGAAAAAAGUGACUCCUGAGAGGUUGAAAGAAAUUGGAAGCACAAUUGAAAAAAAAGGAAUGAAAGUGUAUAAUAUCCAUUCAGUGUGCCAGCACCUUAGACUUGGUCAGCUGAAGGGGAACCACUUUGAUAUAAUUGUGAGAGAUCUAAAACAUCAAAGCAAUGACUUUUCUGCAGAUCUGAAAGAGAGAAUAUCUGAAGCAAUUGAAAAUGUUAAGACAAAAGGUUUUGUAAACUACUAUGGACCUCAGCGAUUUGGGCAUGGACAGAAUGUUCAGACAGAUCAAAUUGGACUGGCUUUGCUGAAUGAAGAAAUGGUAAAAGCUGUGAAGUUGUUUUUCACACCAGAAGAUACAGAUGAUCCUGUAAACCAGGCAAAGAGAUAUUUUCUUCAAAGUGAUGAUGCAAAGGGAACCCUGGCAAUGUUGCCCGAAUUUAAAGUAAGAGAGAAGAUGUUGCUUCGCGCCUUGAAUCGCUAUGGUUUACACCACGAGGGUUGUACCCGAGGAUGGCUCAGCAUUCCUCAUUCCAUGCGUAUAUUCUACGUUCAUGCAUAUUGCAGUAAAAUUUGGAAUGAAGCUGCAUCUUUUAGGUUUAUGACCUAUGGUUCAAAAGUAAUGGAGGGUGAUCUGGUCCUCUCUGAAGAUAAUGUUGGUGAAAAUUCUUCUCUGAAUGAUAGAGUUCACGUAGUAACUGCUCCAGAAGAGUCAGCUAACAAAUAUGCAAUACACCAAGUGGUUCUUCCAAUGGUUGGACACAGUAUCAAGUAUCCCAAUAAUAAAGUUGGGCAGUGGUACCAUGAAAGGCUUGCUAAGGAUGGGCUGCAGACAUGCAGCUUCAGGGUGUCUGCAUUACAGCUGAACACACCUGGAUGCUACAGACACAUUUUGAAAUAUAUCCACAAUCUGUCAUAUCAUUUCUUAGAGGACAAUGAAAAGGGAAUCAAAACUGAAGAAGACAGUCACCUAAAUGAAUCAAAAGCAUCUCUUCUUUUGUCAUUUGACCUUGAUCCUUCAUGUUAUGCAACUGUUUGUCUGAGGGAAAUAAUGAAAUGUGACCUUUAGAAUGUUCAUAGUAAAAAGUUACAGGAGUAACAUAAUCCAUGGAGGUAUUUUACAUACGUUGCCUAUAAAAUAGGGAAAACAAAUCUUGUUCAUCAUGUACAGUGUAGUUCAGAAAGAAUUAAUGAAUAACUUAGGAUUUUAUUACUUUGUUUUUAAAACUAAAUAUAUAGUCCUGAGUACAUUGGAGCCAAACAGUGCUAAAUUAUAUAUUAUAUCAUAUUUACUUAGCGGAGCCAAGAGCUGCAGGCCUGACUUUUAGCCAGUGAUAUUUGCACAAGCUUUACAACUGCAUGACCAAAGCUGGAUUAUGGAGAAAGGGGAAUAUGGUGAAUGGUCAUUUCCUCCUUGCCUUUUCUGUUGUCAUCUUAAGGGCUAGUUUUAUGCUUGGUGCUGUAUAAGACACACAAAGACAGCUUCUGCCACAACGCGUUUACUGUCUAGUACUAUUUGUCUACUAGGAAAGCUGCCAUACCAGAGUGAAAAUCCAGGCCUGUUGAAACCUUGCUGAGUUCUAUGGCCCAUUCAUCCUCACCUGUUUUCACUAUGCAUAUGAACCCAGAGCUAAAAGGAUAUGUGAUGUGAGUAAUAGUGCUGAGUCAUCUCGCUGAUUAGAGGACAUUUCUUCAAGCCCACAGCGUGAUCGUCUUUCUCAUUCUUGUACUGAGGAAUUGAAGGAAAUGGGUAUUUCGAGACCCAGGAGUGAGUUUGCCAUUAAUACACUUACAGAAGAGUGUUAAUGUUUUUAUUUCAGGCAGUUAAUGUUUUUAUUUUGUUGCUGACCAGACCUGCUCACUGCAUAAGCUUAAGGUUGUGAGGAAAUCUUGCAGUGAUUUGUCACCGGAACCUUGUCAUUAUCACAAUUAAAAGUUAUUUAUAAAAUUCUUCUGUGAAAAAAAUUUGUAAAAAGAUGAUAUUGACAUGAAAGGGGAGAAAACUGAAUAAUAAACUAAGAAGCAAAACUAUCACAAAAGCUUUGAGUUGCAUGUGUUAUAUUUAAUCUGUAGAUGGCACUGUGACUUAAAAAUAACCAGUGGAAGAGAACUACUUUGGCCAUUUUUGAGAGAAGGGAUAUGUAAAUUACAAAUGCUUCAAUUUUGCAUCUGAUGAAGUGAGCUGUAGCUCAGGAAAGCUUAUGCUCAAAUAAAUUUGUUAGUCUCUAAGGUGUCACAAGUCCUCCUUUUCUUUUUGCGAAUGCAGACUAACAUGGCUGCUACUCUGAAACCUGUCAAUUUUUUCACACUCUGGUAAACACAACAUUGAUUUGCUUCUAUCUGUGACCCCAGUCCUACAAUUCUUGCUCAGUCCUUAGCAAGGCAAAAAUUCCAGGGUUGAUUCAUCACUUCUUUAGAUCAGUUUGACAGAAGUGUAAUUCCAGUGAUUUCAAUGGAGGUCUAAAAAUGGUAGUCUGGAAUGAAGGAUCAGGUCCCCACUGUCUUCAGUGAAACUUCAUCUUUGCAAGGCACAAGUAAGCAUUGCAGGAUUUGACACUGAAGUUUCAGGUGGGAAAUAAGCUCUUAUACCAGUAAUAUCUGCAGUGUUAUUGUACACUAAAUAAACUAUUGUGACUAUUGCAACA